AUGAACCCUUCGUUCAAGCCUCCGCCGCCUAUAACGGACAGGCAACGGAGCGAGAUGUAUAAGCUCUUCAUGAGCAAUCCUGACGAGUAUAGCGUCAGGGAACUUUCGCAACGCUAUGGCAUCAGUCUCAAGCGCGUUGAUGCUAUACUACGCCUGAAAGGACUCGAGGAUGCAUGGAGAAAGACAAUCGAUAUCGAUUCUCAUGGUUACUGA